UCUAUUUAACUCCAGCUCGGCUCAGACCACAUGUUGAUCCGGACCUGGUCUCUGCUGCUGCUGCUGCCUCCAUCACACACUCACUCACACACACACACACCAUCAUGCCUCCGUUUGAUAAAACCCCGCUGCAGAGCAGACCCUUCAAACAGAGGAAGAGCUUCGCUACCAGGAAACAGGAAGUGGCAGGAAUCAGGUCCAAGUUCCCCAACAAGAUCCCGGUGAUCAUUGAGCGCUAUGAGCGGGAGAAGUACCUCCCUCCUCUGGAUAAAACCAAGUUCCUGGUGCCGCAUGAACUCACCAUGACUCAGUUCGUCACCAUCAUCAGGAACCGGAUGGCUCUGCUGCCCACUCAGGCUUUCUACCUGCUCAUCAACAACAGCGGCCUGGCCAGCAUGUCCCUGACCAUGGCUCAGGUUUACAAAGACCACCAGGACGAGGACGGCUUCCUCUACAUGACUUACGCCUCGCAGGAGAUGUUCGGACGCUGACCAACACCUCCGCUCACUCUUUUAGGUUUUACCUGAAGUCAAAGGCUGCCGCUCUGCUGUACAUAGAAAAAUAUGUUGUAUAUAUUGUAAUAUUUGUUGUACAUGUUGAUGGAUUUUAAUUAAAGUGUGUGGAUCAAAUAAACCUUCUGUCAAAUCUG